AUGCCAGGCAAGGCUUUCUUCGCGGGCGCAUUCUGCAAAGGUCCCUUCUUCGGCUUGCGUCAAAGUUGCCGGAACUUUCCGAUGGUGGUGCAAUGCUUCACUUGCUUGUUGCGACAGGCUUUCCCAGGUCAGGUCUUUAGCUCCUUCGCAAUCUUUGACAAUGUGGCUGCUAGCAUGCACAAAGACAGUCGUAAUGCACCGCAUCCUAAUUUGCUGCUGGCCUUGUCCAAAUUUCAACAUGGUGAAGUGUGGCACGAGUGCUCCACUGGGACUGUUGUCCGUGAAGUCCGCGGGAUCGCUCGAAAUGGUUGCUUGCUGCCUGUUGCGGACGGUCCCCAGGUUCUGCCAGCUCAUGAAGUGUUUCAUCAAACCGAGCCUUGGACAGGUGACCGACUCAUGCUCAUUGGCUUCACCACGCAGCGCACAAAUGAGCUGCCACCAGCCGACCACGGCUUGCUGCUGUCCUUAGGCUUUGUGCUGCCGUCUUCGCCAGCUCUAAAGAAGGGGCGGGCAGUAGCGAUCGACGGCAAGGACCCACAAACAGCACCUGAGCAGGAACCCGCAAUCGAGGUGCCGAGUUCCGAUGAAGGAGAAGACAAGGUGGAGGACUUCGACGCAUCGACGAGCCGAUGCCGUGGCCCUGCUAUCAAAUGUCGGCACACUAAGGAAUGGCGAGAAUUGGUGGACGGUUUUGGCUUGUGCUCUCCCGGUCGUUGGCGUCCCUUGGCUCGUGAUGCGAGGGCUAGCUCAUCUGAAUGGGAGCAUGCAGAGAAGCUCCGGGGCGUCUUGUUGGAGGAGGUCCGUACGACGAUCAAGGACCCGAGAGCUGCGGCAUAUGCCCUGGCCACGGGCAGGAUGAAAGCAUCGCCUUUCGGUCAAGAGGUUGUACAAAGGGUCCGCACCAAGUUAGCUAACUUGUUGCCAGAUCCUGAAGCUGCUCUCCGCAUGCCACCGGGACAGCCCUUCAUGCUGCACUUGCUUUCGCAGUCGCUUGAGGUUCUGGGUGAUCCCGACUUCAGGAUACUGGAUCACGGAACGGAGUCGUUUGCAGAGGGGGUCUUUUCCCAACGGACAACUUUCAGGAAGCUUGACGAAUCCGAGUAUGAUCCUUCGAUGCUGAACUAUCGGUCUGCGGAGUUGAACGCGGAGCAGCUUGAAGCCAAAUUCCGGGAGGACGAGAGUGCUGGGUUGAUGCUUUGCACGACGGAGGCUGAGGCCAAAAGGACUUAUGGCGAAGAUGCUGUGCUCAUCGCCGCGAUGGGUGCAGUUACAAAGGCCAAUGGAGAUGUGCGGCCAUUGCACGAUGGAACACAUGGCAUCAACUUGAACAAUAAAAUCCGGAUCCUUGACAAGCUGCAGGUUCCGGGGCCAGAGGAUUUGCAGGAGGUGGCUUCAAGGGUCAAAGAAAGCAAGGAGGCUCCGUUUGCGUUGUGUGCUGACAUCAAGCAAGCACAUCGGAACGUUAAA